ACCUUGUUCUAUUGUCCUAUGGGUGUGUCAAAGCUUUAGCAUCGUUUGGUCCACUGAGAGGCCAAAGUCAAAGGAGUGAGUCAGGGUGAAUAAGCGAGUGGCACUGAACUAGAGAGGCUGCUAUAUCAGGCUAGGCCAUCUCUCUUGACACUCGACCACUACCAUCCGCCUUGCGCUUCAUGCACGACCUCGACACGUUCCCUUGAAUGCUGUUUAUUACUCUCUUCACUUCAAUUUAUCACUAUUAUAAUGUCUGCAUCCGUCUCGGACACUACCGUUUCACCCACUCCUUUCAGUCCCUUCUCCUCUAGAUCUUACUCGAGCACCAGCGGUGUUACCUCUGACGAUGCACCAGACCUAGGGGCUUUCCCGACUGUCUUUCGCGAACUUACAGCCUUCUAUCCACCACGAGCCGGACGGCUCAACGGCUAUGGGGACACAACUCCUACCUCCUCGUUGGCGUUCUAUCCUUCAGACUAUGAUUCUGAAGUUGUUGAUGGCUCCACUGUGUGGUCCCAUCGUCCGAUCGCUCAGUAUCUUGCGUCGUCGUCCCCGGAGCCCUCACAUACCAUUUCUUCCUAUACUCGGACUGAAACAGAUCGCUAUACCGUGGAUAGAGAGUCUGAAUACUCGGAUAGAGAGGAGACAGAGGAGGACAAUGGCGACGAUAGCUUCCUCGAUUCAGAGGAACAACCUUCUUUAGGCUUCGCUGGUGCUCUAGACUUCCUUGCUGCUGAGAGGGCAAGAUUUGUCGCCCAGCGGGAUGCCAUGGGGCAGAGAGGAAAUAGUUCAACGACGUCGGAUGGUACAUGGCGUCAUCCUCUGAUCGCUCGUCGUAAACGACGACGCAAGCGCAACCGGUCUGCACAAGACAAGACAAGACCUGGCUCAGAGCCUACAGAGAUAACAGAGGAUGCUGUGGCUGAUGCCACGGCUUCUCCUGACGACGCUGACGAUUCUUCAUCUUCCCUCGAACCUCCUGCAUCUCCGCAGUACUAUAAGUCAACACCCCCCACUCCACCCCCAGAGGUCGAGGCCGCCGAGCGACGACGUCGACAGCGUUCUGCAGCUCCUUCUACAUUUGAGCGUCCUAGUAUCCAUCACAGUAAAUCUACACCAUCGCUUCGUUUGCCCGCUGCAUUACCUAUCGAUCCUCGAGUGCUACAAUUACGAAACUUGGCACACAAACUUCGCAUGCUCUUCCCUAAAGACGCGGAAUAUCUAGCGGAUAUCCUAUCUGACGAUCAUCCUAGCCCUUCCGAUGUCGUAGAUCCACGCGGACCUACUCCUCAAUCACAAGAUACCCUUAUUCACGUUUUCAUUGAUCAUUCCAAUAUUCUCUUUGGCUUCCUCAAUUAUAUCAAGAGGCAUUCUAGUCGGCAGCAACGCAAACGAGACCGAUACUUGUCGCAUGCUGCACUUGCACUUAUUCUCGAACGUGGACGUCCGAUCACUCGCCGCGUCCUGGUGACAUCGUCACCUUUGUACCAACCCGUAGAAUCUGCCGAACAACUCGGUUACGACGUCAAGAUUCUAAGACGUGUGCCAGACGACGGCAGUGGCCCAGACAGGCAACAAGGUUCUAGUAGUGGAGAUCAGUCUGGAAACUCUAGGAACCAGAAUCAGAACACCCGCAAAGGAGGCUAUACUCGAGCCCAUACUCGUGGGCCAUCCUUUGGUGGCACUUCCGAAUCCGAACCGGGGAGCAAUACAAAUACAAAUACCACUAGCACUCCCAACAACGGUCGAGUGCGAUACCGCGAACAAGGCGUUGAUGAACUCCUCCAGUUGAAGCUUCUUCAAACUAUCGCGAAUGUUGACGACGUGCCCGAGAAUGCCACCAUUGUGUUGGCUACCGGAGAUGGCAACGUAGGACAGUUUAACGAAGAAGGAUUCUUGGGCUGUGUGCGCACAGCGCUCAAGAAGGGUUGGAAGGUGGAGCUGUACUCGUGGGAGGGAAGCCUCAGCAAGGCUUGGGCGCGCGAUUUUGGAGAUAAUAAGAACUUCGUUCCGCAUAUACUGGAUAAGUUUGCUGUGGACCUCGUUGAGUUAUAAAUCUAACAUCUAAAGGGACUGUAGUCAAUUCAUUGUAUACCUGAUUCCAUUUGUUACCCUUUACAUCUCACGCACAAGUGUAUUCUCUUUUUCUUUAGCAUUGCAUGCAUUGCUGGCUACUCUAAUAGUUUGACUUUUCUAUGUCUAUGUCAUGUAUAGUAUUGUAGUGUAACUUCUAUAUGUCCGAUGAUGUAACCAGUAGACCAACAACAUCCGACUUUGAAUCAAACAAGAUCUAUAAUCUU